AUGGCUUGCUGCAGACGGCAACUAUUGUUUUCUAUAAUAAAUUCUUACUCCAAGAAAAACAUCAAUGAAUGUAGGCAUGAAUCACUUUUACAUAUUUCUAAAUUUAACUAUUCAUUCCAAAAACUGACGCGUCCGUCUUGGUGCGUUAACAAAUGUUUAGGCAAGCGAUGGUCUUCAAGACAUGAAAGGAACACCGACGAAGUGCGAAAACACUGUAAUGUAGGAACUAUUGGGCACGUAGACCAUGGCAAAACAACACUGACAGCUGCGAUCACAAAGGUUUUGGAGAGAGACGGUUUAUCGAAGUAUGUCUCUUACGAGCAGAUCGACAGGGCGCCAGAGGAGAAGGCGCGCGGCAUCACGAUCAACGCCACGCACGUGGAGUACAGCACGCGGAGACGCCACUACGCGCACACGGACUGCCCCGGGCACGUAGACUUUGUGAAGAACAUGAUCUCCGGGGCGUCGCAGAUGGACGGCGCGAUCCUGGUGGUGGCGGCGACGGAUGGACAGAUGCCGCAGACGCGCGAGCACCUGCUGCUGGCCAAGCAGGUGGGCGUGACUAGCGUGGUGGUGUUCGUGAACAAGGCUGAGCUCGUGGAGCAGGACGUGCUAGAGCUGGUGGAGAUAGAGCUGCGGGAGCUGCUCACCGACUUCGGCUACGACGGGGCGGGCGCGCCCGUGUUGUUCGGCUCGGCGCUGUUGGCGCUACGGGGGGAUGCCUCGCCCCUGGGGGAGCCCUCGGUGCGGCGACUUCUGGAUGCCCUGGACGACACGGUGGCCGUACCCACCCGCGACCUGGCAGCGCCCUUCUUGCUGCCCAUCGACAAUGCCUUCACGGUGCCGGGCCGUGGCACGGUGGUGGUGGGCACCCUCUCCAGGGGCGUCUUACGCCGGGGCGUCGAGGCGGACCUGCUGGGCUUCGACGCUAGCGCGCGCACCACCGUCACCGAGGUGCAGGUGUUCAGGCAGGCCGUGCCGGAGGCGUGUGCUGGAGAGAACCUAGGUGCGCUCCUGCGCGGAGUCAAGAUACACGACGUGCAGCGAGGCAUGCUGCUGUGCGCGCGGGCCAGCAUGCGCCUCAGCAACCACUACGAGGCGAGCGUGUACUUCCUGUCGCGCUCCGAGGGGGGGCGGGCCAAGCCGGUCACCUCCGGCUACAUCCAGCAGCUGUUCAGUCGCACCUGGAACAUCCCGUGCCGCGUGGACCUGCAGGAUGCGUCCAAGAUGGCGAUGCCUGGGGAGCAUACCCACCUCUACCUCACCUUGCUGCGUGGCAUGGUCAUGACAUCUGGCCAGAGCUUCACCAUCAGGGAGAACCGCAUGACCGUGGCCACGGGCAUCGUCACUGCCGUGUUGGACAGCAUCCUCGUCGUCCGGUCCAACCUGGCCAAGGUUCAACUGCCGCAUGCAUCUGCGUAGUUGGCAUUUGUUGAGCAUUGUCACAGAAUGUGUUAUACUUGUAUGUAGUACCUAAAUGAAUGAUUAUGUUGAAGA